ACCGUACUUUGAUGCGUGAUGGCUCGGCUGAGGGAGAGGUUUUUGCGUUCAUAAACAACAGAUGGCUGGUCUUUGUGGCUGCAAUGUGGAUACAGUCGUGUGCGGGUAUUGGAUACUUGUUUGGGAGUAUAUCGCCGGUGAUGAAAAGCUCUUUGAACUACAAUCAGAGGCAGGUUGCGAGGUUGGGUGUGGCCAAGGACCUCGGAGACAGCGUUGGGUUCUUGGCUGGAAGCUUAUGUGAGGUCUUACCCUUGUGGGGUGCUCUGCUUGUUGGUGCUUUCCAGAAUUUUGUUGGCUAUGGCUGGGUUUGGCUCAUCGUCACCGGUAGAGCUCCGAUUCUGCCGUUGUGGGCUGAUCAUCUUAAUUGUUAUGCUAGCUUGGAUAGCGAUUUGAUAACAUUUAUUGAAUCUUUAGCACGAGUUUACAUAUCUGAAGUGAAUUUGAUGGAUAAGUUCAAUUUACCAGAAUGGCAUAUCUUUCUAAUCUACUUUAUAGGGUUCAAAGGUGGUUGUGUCAUUUUUAUGGGAUAUUACUCUGCACAAAUCCGGAUGUGCAUUCUUAUAUUUGUGGGGACAAAUGGUGAGACCUACUUCAAUACAGCAGCUCUAGUCUCAACUUCCCCAAAAGCAGGGGUCCUGUGGUGGGAUAUUAAAGGGGUUUGCUGGGUUGGGUGGAGCAAUUCUGACUCAGAUAUAUGCUGUGAUCCACUCCCUGAUCAUGCAUCACUCAUCUUCAUGGUUGCAGUUGGGCCAGCGAUGGUGAUUAUUGCUCUUAUGUUCAUUAUCCGGCCUGUUGGGGGUCACAGACAAGUCAGAUCAUCUGAUGGAACAUGUUUCUCAUUUAUCUAUGGUGUAUGCCUUCUCUUGGCUGCUUAUCUGAUGGCAGUCAUGCUUCUAGAAGAUUUAAUUGACUUGAAGCACACUGUGAUUGUAAUUUUCACUGUGGUGUUACUCACUAUCUUGUUAAUCCCUAUUCUCAUUCCAGUCUCACUGACAUUUUGCCAAGAUCCAAGAGAUGCAGCAGAAGUAGCUCUUCUGACUGAGCCACAGAAAGAAGAACCCAGCAAAUCUGAGUCUGAUGCAAAUGAGAUGAGAAACCAAAGAAGUAGACUUGCUUCCAGCUUCAGAGAGGCAGAAGAGAAUUGCCCAACUGCAAGCAAAGCUAGCUCAAGCAGCUGCAGAAGGAGCCGUGAGGGUCAAGAGGAGAAGGGGUCCACACAGGGAGAGGACUUCACCUUGAUGCAGGCCUUGAUAAAGGCUGACUUUUGGCUUCUCUUUUUCUCACUUCUAUUGGGUUCUGGAUCUGGUCUGACGGUCAUUGAUAAUUUAGGGCAGAUGAGCCAAUCUCUAGGGUAUGAUAACACCCAUAUAUUUGUUUCCUUGAUCAGUAUUUGGAACUUUCUUGGCCGUAUUGGCGGAGGUUACUUUUCAGAGAUUAUUGUCAGGGACUAUGCAUAUCCAAGGCCAGUGGCAAUGGCUGUUGCCCAAAUCAUUAUGGCAUUUGGGCACUUCUUCCUUGCUAUGGGUUGGAAUGGAGCAAUGUAUAUUGGCACUCUUCUGAUUGGGCUUGGAUAUGGGGCCCACUGGGCAAUUGUGCCUGCUGCCGCCUCUGAGUUGUUUGGCUUGAAAAAAUUUGGAGCUUUAUACAACUUUCUUACCCUUGCAAACCCUGCUGGUUCCCUGAUCUUCUCUGGUCUGAUUGCGAGCACAAGCUUAUCAGCCCAUCACCCUCCUAAUGGAUGGAAUACCGGAUCAAUAUUUUUAAGCAGCCUUAAUUUGGAUGAACCACCAAAGUGUGAAGGUGCCGUAUGCUUCUUCCUGACAUCAAUGAUAAUGUCAGGAUUAUGCAUGGUUGCAGUUGUUUUGAGCAUGAUUCUUGUCUAUCGGACUAAAAUUGUGUACGCUCACCUAUAUGGAAAAUCUCGCACC